CGGCAAUGGGCGACGACGGGUUCGACGAAUUCGACGACGACUUUGACGGCAUCCCCGACGAGGAUCUGAUCGAGGCCCUCGCCCAGGCCACCAGCAUCGGCUUGCGAGCUGACAACAACCACGGCACACAGCCAAACGGCGUGUUUUCUUCGAUACCAAAGCUUGCCGCUAAUCCCCCUGCCCAAGGCUGGCCGCCAGCUCGCCCGCAGCAGCAAUCUGCCAAUGCCCAGCGCCCAGACACGACGGAUGAGUAUGACAGCUCUCCCGAGAAACGCCGCGCCCCCGCCUCAAGUAAACGUCCCCCGCAGUGCAAAUCUGGCCCGCCGCCGUCCUUUCGUCAGACUACCCUCUGGGGCAGCACCCUGUCAGACGGCCGCCUCUCCCAGGCCCAGUCCCAGUCCCAGCUCCAGCCAACCGGAGGUCGUCCGUUCCGCGCCGACCUGGCACCCGAGGCUCCCACCCACCAUGAGCUGAACCACGACGCCCUCGCUACUUGGGUCUACCCGCUGAAUUUGGGAGCCAUCCGAGACUACCAGUUCAGUAUCGUCAAGAAUGGCCUCUUCAACAACACCCUCGUCGCUCUGCCCACCGGCCUGGGCAAGACCUUCAUUGCCGCCACCGUCAUGCUUAACUUCAUCCGCUGGACCAAGUCCGCAAAAGUCGUCUUCGUUGCCCCAACAAAGCCCCUAGCGUCGCAGCAGGUCCAGGCCUGUCUGGGCAUUGCCGGAAUUCCCCGGUCGCAGGCCACCCUACUCACGGGCGAGAUCCCACCGGUUCUUCGGGAGAGAGAGUGGGAGACCAAACGCUUGUUCUUCAUGACCCCCCAGACCCUGAUCAACGAUCUCUCCAAGGGCUACGCCGAUCCCAAAUCUAUCGUGUUGCUUGUCGUCGACGAGGCCCACCGUACCACUGGCGACUACGCCUACGUCAAGGUCGUCGAGUUCAUGAGACGCUUCUCCACGAGCUUCCGGGUACUCGCCCUGACUGCAACGCCUGGUUCAACGGUCGAGGGUGUGCAAGACGUCAUUGACAAUCUGGGAAUCUCCAAUGUCGAAAUCAGGACCGAGGAGUCUCUGGACAUUCGCCAGUACGUGCAUUCGCGAAACAUCGAUAAAGUCACGUUUGACCCCUCCGACGAGAUGCUCGAGGUGAGGGACUUGUUCUCAAAGGCCUUGAAGCCGCUUGUAGACAAAUUGAGUGCCCAGAACAUUUAUUAUGGGCGAGAUCCCAUGAGCCUGACAAUGUAUGGCCUGCUCAAGGCCAAGGGCGAAUGGCUGAGUGGCCCCGGCAGGCAUGUAAACCAAGGCGUCAAGUUUAUGACCAUUGCCGCCUUUACCAUUCUCCAGAGCCUGGCUCACACCAUCAAGCUUCUCAACUUCCAUGGCAUCAAGCCGUUUUACAACAGUCUGGCCGGGUUUCGCUCCACCGAGGAAGAAAAGCGGGGCGGGGGCUCAAAACUCAAGCGUCAGGUCCUCGAGAAUGAGCAUUUCCAGAAGAUGAUGACCAUGAUGGAAAAGUGGAUGAAGCUGGACACGUUCAAUGGACAUCCGAAGCUUACACAUCUCUGCCAAACACUCGUCAAUCACUUCAUGGACGCCGGCGAAGGCUCCGCUACAAGAUCUAUUGUUUUCAGCGAGUACAGGGAUAGCGCAGAAGAGAUUGUGCGUAUGCUUAACAAACAACCGCUCAUCAGCGCGACCGUGUUUGUUGGGCAGGCCGACUCCAAAAGAAGUGAGGGCAUGAAACAGAAACAGCAGAUCGAAACCAUCGAAAAGUUCAAGAGCGGCACCUUCAAUGUUCUUGUGGCCACUUCUAUUGGUGAAGAGGGCCUCGACAUUGGCCAGGUUGACUUGAUCGUAUGCUACGAUGCAUCUGCCUCUCCCAUACGAAUGUUACAGCGUAUGGGCCGGACAGGCCGGAAGCGGGCAGGCAGCAUUGUCUUGCUGCUAAUGAAGGGUAAGGAGGAGGAGAAGUAUCUAGAGGCAAAGGACAACUACCAGAAGAUGCAACAGCUCAUCUGCGAGGGCAGCCGGUUCGCCUUCCGCCACGACCUAUCUACUAGGAUUGUCCCGCGUGAUGUAAAGCCCAAGGUCAACAAGCGGUUGGUGGAGAUACCAUUGGAAAACUCGCAAAACCCCUCACUCCCAGAACCGAAUAAGUCUGCUGCCAGACUGAAAAAGAAACCGGCGAAGAAGAAAUUCCAUAUGCCUAAUGGUGUGCAAACGGGCUUUGUGAAGGCUUCAAUUUUUGGCCAGCAAGCGAAGCAGGACACCAAGGUCACCAAGGUCAAACCACCUAAACCCGACCCUAUCUCGGAUUUGCCAGACCUCGACAAGGUGGUUUUAAGCAAGUCACAAACAGAGGAAUUUAACAAGCUUUAUCGAGACCUGCCGUUCCGCCGGUCUAACAUGGAAGAGAUUGGUAGCCCAAACUUAGGAGCCCAUCCAGCUGCGCAAAGACUAUUACGUCGCACUGUUCACCUGAAGCACGGCGAAUACACCAAGAAAUGCGUGACGCUAUUUAAGCUAUUAGGCAAAUCACAAGAGCCCCCGGAAAGAUAUACGUAUCCUUACGGCGAGACCGAUACAGCAUCAUGGGAAUCACUGCCAGUUGUGGACUUCGCAGACGAUACUGAUGAGGAAGUGGAAGAACACCUUAGGCGUGCCGAGCUCUCUGUGCACAAAAGACCACGCCCAACCGAGCUGUCAGAAAGUGUGGUAGAGACACCAGCCCGAAAAAAGCGGCAGGUUCCCGCAAAGAAGAACAAUAAAAACGAUGCUCGAAAAACCCGAGCGGUGCCCUCUUUCCUCGAAAGCGAUUGCGAAGAAGAUGACAACGAUGAGGAUGAACCAACGACAUCCCCACCCGCUCGUUACAGUACUUCUAAUAGCGCUCCCCGGGGUAAGAAGGGGCAAGGGAUUGGAGAUAGGUUCAAGCGGGUCGGCGAUCAUCUCGAGGAUUUUGGAGACGACUGUAACCGGACCAGCGAUAUGGAAAUGUCAGACGGCUUGGACAGCGGUGCCGACCUCGAGGGCUUUGUUGUUGAUGACGAUCAGGUCUCGUCAAGCAUGCAGCUUCUGCCCACUUCACCUGCAACCCUCGUGUCUUCUCAUGAAGCGAGGCCUGGAGCCAGGAAGGAGACUCUGGAGUCCAGCCCUGACCGCACUAGAGAAAAGCCGUUCUUUGAGCCGGUGCUCUUUGGCCCGACACAAGAAGAGACGGACGAGGACAUGCCGGACUUCACCGAACUAGUGGCGAGGAGCACAUCAAAGGAGAAGGCGAAGCGAAGAGCGGACAUGAGGUUGGCAGAACUCAGCGAUGACGAUGAUGCCUUACCCUCCGCACAAUCUAUUAAAGACGUGCGGAAAAGACCGGCCACCAAGAGAAGGCGGCCUGUGUUUGCAGACAGUGAUGAUGACGGAUAGAUAGGGAGGACUCUUCUGUCGCAAUUUUUCCCCUGCAGGAUCUGUAUAUUUUGUUUUAGGUGUCAGCUUAUUCCGUCAAAUGUUUCGUUCUCCUUGUUAUGAAUUGCGAAGGAGAAAUUACCAAAGACGUACGGCUUUGGCUUUGACUUUAGUUAGACAUCUUGCUACUAGGUAGGUACAGAGUAGACACUUGGCUAUUUCAUGAGAUUUCACCGGUUCUUACCAUCACAUCGUACAAUUACUACGAAUCUGGCCGGGAGAAUAGUCAAUGAUAAGAACAAUGACACGUGGGUAAACAAAACUGGCUUGUUAGCAAAUGUUGCUUUUUAUUACUUACCUGGGUCGAGGAAUAUUACGAAAGAGAGAAAA